AUGGCCAGAAGCAAACAGACCACCCGUAAAUCCACCAGAGGAAAAGCUCUGAGGAAGCAGUUCACUACCAAGGUUGCCCGGAAGAGUGCUCAGGCCACCAGCGGCGUGAAGAAGCUUCACUGUUACAGUCCUGGCACAGUGGCGCUGGGAGAGAUCUGCAGCGAACAGAAAUCCACCGAGCUACUGAUACAUAAGCUGCCUUUCCAUCGCCUGCUGAGAGAAACUGCUCACGACUUCAAGCCCGACCUCUGCUUCCAGAGCUCCGCUGUGAUGGCUCUACGGGAGGCCAGGGAGGCUUACAUGGAUGGCCUGUUCCAGGACACCAACCUGUGCACCAUCCAUGCCAUGAAGGUCAUCAUCACGCCCAAAGACAUCCAGCUGGCUCGUCCAGCUGGAAAAACCAGCUGA